GUUGGCGUCACUGCGUCAUUGGCAACGCUUUUCGUGGCGUAUAUUCAGCGAGAUCGCGUCGUCGUCGGCAUGAGAUCGGCUCGCGUUCCGGAGUACGGCGUACACAGUGAUGAGCCAGUGGCAGUCCUCACGUUUCGAAUACCUUGAACGACUUCUCGCAUCGUAAUCCGCAUCUCUUUAUUUACGAUUCGUAUCGUCGACCAUGUCGGCACUUCGCGCGGAGGAUAAGGCCGAGAACGAGGAGGAGAGGCAACACGCGAGCGAAACGGAUACAUCUUGUACCACCACAGCAAAGUCAGAGACGACUAAAGAUACAGACGCGGAGAGUCCUCAAAGUAGGAAGUGCAAGUUGUCGCCGGAUCGCGAGCGGCCGUCCAAAGUAGCAAAGCGCGAUAUUGAAGAAGAUGCCUCGUCUGCUAGUACAAGCGUACCCUCAGAUCUAACGACGUCCGGAAGUAAUGAGAAAGAUAAGGAUGCUGAUGUAAACAGGACCCUUGACAAUACAGCCUUGGUAGCGGACCAUUACAAUGCGCUUGAAGAGAAGGGUCUUUCGCAGAGAAAUCAGAGUCGCAUCGUGUAUAUGAGGAAUUUUAACAACUGGAUUAAAAGCAUGCUCAUAAAUGAGUAUGUAGUCAAAGUGAGACAAGGCAAGAGUUUUGGCGCUUCGCUUAGAGUAAUGGACAUGUGCUGCGGUAAAGGCGGAGACCUUCUUAAAUGGAAAAAGGCCAAUAUCUCACACCUGAUAUGCGCGGAUAUAGCACAAGUGUCGUUGGAACAGUGUCAGCAACGGUACAAUGACAUGGUGAAUAAGAAAGGUUCCAAAGACAGAGGUUUUGCUCCCAUUUUUAGCGCGGAGUUCAUAACGGCUGAUUGUACAAAGGUUCGUUUGAGGGAAAAGUUCAUGGAUCCCAGUAUGCAGUUGGACUUUGUUAGCUGCCAGUUCUCUUUUCACUACAGUUUUGAGUCUCUACCGCAGGCAGAAUGCAUGCUCCGGAACGCCGGCGAGAGUCUCAAGCCAGGUGGCUACUUUAUCGGAACCAUUCCAGAUGCGUACGAUUUAGUGUAUGUUUUUCUUCCUCUUCUUUAUAUUCACCUUAAAAAAGACCUGUCUAAAGGUUAA